AUACUAGUCAAUCCCAGAUAAUGAAUCUGCUCAUGAGAGGGAAGCGGUUCCAAAUUUCAAACAAAAACAAGGUCUGUAGAUAGACUACAGAGGAUUACGACGGCAGGAAUAACGGAAUGAUUAUAUUUUUAAAUAAGAAAAUUACAUUUAAUAGCUGCAGCUUGUAACCACACUGUGCAAAGCUCUGGAUCGCGCAAAGUUACCAAUUCGAUUGCGUCCAUGUUCCAAAUUUCUACGCAUGAUUUAAUUUUGACGCGAAAACCUGAAGCAACCCAAAGUUGGAGCUCUUAACCUCACAAGUGCAAUCCUCUGGGAGGCUAUAUCUCGUUGUUCUUACUUGCAACAGUAAACUGACAUUAUACAUUUAUAUAUAUUUUUUAAAUAUAUCUUAUUCAUCCGCUGAGAAGCUAUGCCGAGGUCGAAUAGGCAAAAAGAAUACAAGCCUGGGGAUCUCGUGUUUGCGAAAAUGAAGGGUUAUCCACAUUGGCCCGCGAGGAUUAAUGAGUUACCCGAAGGAGCAGUCAAGUCCCCCUCCAACAAGUACCAAGUGUUCUUCUUUGGGACACAUGAGACUGCAUUCCUGGGUCCCAAGGACUUGUUCCCCUAUGAGGAGGGCAAGGAGAAGUUUGGCAAGCCCACCAAGAGGAAAGGCUUCAGUGAGGGUCUAUGGGAAAUUGAGAACAAUCCUACGGUGAUACACGAACCCGCAGGUUAUGAGCUGGCAAAGGAGACCCCAGCAGAGGGGGCAGUGGAGGCAGGUGUGCCGCGAAAGGGGAAUGCAGAAGGAAGCAGUGAUGAGGACGAAGGGACCCUCAUCAUCGAUGAGAAGACCGACAGGGGAGGGGCCAAGAGGAAAGCUGGGGAUUCCGUCGAGAGCUCUCCUAAACGACCUAAGGACACAGAGAGCAAAGGUGACUCGAAGGUGGAUAGCAAGAAGUCUGACACCGAGCUGAAGCUCAAUGACAAGGCAGGGCCUAAGCCCACAGCGCUGUCUUCUGCAGGUGAACCAAAGCCAGAGAGCCAAGCAAAACCACCGACCGAGGCCCAAUUAACAUCAGAGAAGCCUGUGACUGACAGUGCUUAACAGCAACCCUCCGAGGAUGACCAAGGACCCGUGGUUCUUUUCCAUGGAAUUUUGGGCAUCAACAUAAUUAGCUAAUCUUUGAAUGCUAGGUUUCUGCUGUUAUUAAGUAACUGGAAAGUAUUAAGACCUAUAUAGAAAUUGUACAGGCAAAACAAACUUACUUGCCAGUUGGGGUUAUUGAAUAUCCCAGGAUUUAAAUUGUUGUCAAACCAAUAGUGAGGAGAAAUGCAAUGCUCAAGAGGAAAUGGGUUUCGGAUGUAUACAUUUUUUUUAAAAGUGCAAUUAUGAAGUCUAGCUGCUAGGUGUCAAAAUGCAUUACAGUUUAGAGAGUACACACGCCCACCGGUUUCUUAACAAUCUGAACAUAAGCAAACAAAAACACAAUUUUGGGGAAAAUCUUUUGAACAUGACAUUCAUAAUGCUUUUCCAUUUGACAUGAGAAUCCUGCUUAUCCUGUUUUAAAUACGUUUUUAGUUUUGUGGUUCGUUGGUUUGAGAAUAUUAGAUAGCUUUUUAUCUAUGACGGUGUGCUUUAUAAAAAAGAACACAUCUUUAUGUUCUUGGCUUUAAGGUGUGUACAGUGCAUUCGGAAAGUAUUCAGACCCCUCCACAUUUUGUUACAUUACAGCCUUAUUCUAAAAUGGAUUAAAUAGUUUUUUUCCCUCUUCAAUCUACACACAAUACCUCAUAAUGACAAAGAAAAAAACAGGUUGUUUUGAAAUUUUUGCAAAUGUAUUAACAAAUAAAUACAGAUCACAUUUA